GCGUGGCGUUCAUUCACAGCGUCAGCGUUUGAGAGGAGAGAGAAACCCCAACACCAACACCAACACCGACGCUUCCUCUCCCUCCUCCUCCUCGUUCUCCUCCUCAACACUCGCGAGGGGUAGCGUAAACCCUCUCGAUCUCUCGAUCUCUACGCGUCGUCGUCCGCCUCCUCGCCCUCUCGCUCUCAAUCCAUGGGCAGGGGAAAGUUUAAGGGCAAGCCCACGGGGCGCAGGAACUUCUCCACCCCCGAGGAGAUGGUUGCUGGUACUGCAGCUCGCCCACGCACCUUUAAGCAGCAGGAGCAAGCUGAAGAUGAAGAAAGAGAAGAACAUGAAGAGGAAUCUGAAAAUGAUUCUGAAGAAGAUUCUCAGAAAGGGAAAGGUACCCUGCGUAUUAUAGAAAUUGAAAAUCCAAACUUGGUAAAACCCAAGACGGUGAAAGCCAAAGAAGCUGAUCUUGGUAGAACAACUGAACUCUCGAGACGUGAAAGGGAGGAGAUAGAGAAACAGAAAGCUCGCGAGCGAUACAUGAGGCUUCAGGAGCAAGGAAAGACAGAGCAAGCUAGAAAAGAUUUAGAGCGCCUUGCUUUAAUACGACGACAAAGGGCCGAAGCUGCAAAGAAAAGAGACGAGGAAAAAGCUGCCAAAGAACAGAAGAAGGUCGAAGCACGCAAGUAACGCCCUGUCCGAACUCUUCUGCUAUAUUAACAAUUUCUGUAUUUCUAGUGUAUGCUUUACUCUAUUACAUUUUUUAUUGAUAUCCGGAAAAGAAAACUGUAAAAUAGUAAUUGUGUGCGCCAUUGGGUCGUUGUGUUCUGUGUCAUUAGUUAGUGAGCUUUACCAAUAAUGGCAGCGUAUCGAAUUAGUUACCUAACGUCUCUUGUGGAAUCUGAUUUUAAAUGCUUUAAUCUUGCGUAUUCUACUUGUACGGUGUCUGGCUAUCUGCACUCUGCAGUGAUAUUGUGAGAACCAUGCGGAACAAUGAAUCGUGGAGGUGAAUUUACCUCAAAACUCUCUGAAA